AUGCAGCUAGAGCUCACUAUUUCUUCAUUUUCUUUUGUUUUUCUUUCUUAUUUUAGCAACAGCAUAACUUCUUCUUCGUCUUCGUCAUCGUCGUCUUCGUCUCUUCCGUCAUCGUCGUCAUCGUCGUCUUCCUCAGAACAUUUAAGCUUCUCGGAAUCCGCCUUCGCCUUCCGUCUCUCUUCUUUCCAGACUUGUGCUAUUUCUUCCACCACUCCCCAUUCUUCCACCAUUCCACUCUCCUACUACACAUUCCUCCACCACUAA